AUGUUUCUUUCGACACUUCUAUUUGCCAUUUUUACUAGUUAUGGUGGGUUGUUUUUCGCCCGAAGUUUGCAAGGCUUUGGAUCAGCUCUUGCCGACACUGCUGCUCUUGGCCUCGUUGCAGAUAGAUUUACAGUUGAUGAAGAGCGUCAGAGGGCCCUUGGUAUAGCGCUAGCAUUCAUCUCCUUCGGCAGUCUGGUCGCACCUCCUUUCGGCGGAUUUUUCUUCCAAUACUUUGGCCAUUCCGUUCCGUUCAUUCUUCUAGCGCUCAUGUGCUUUUGCGACGCGAUUUUGAUCGGAAUGAUUGCUUCGAAAAAAGCUGAAGAAGAUAUUGCCAGGGAAAACAAGCCAGUAGGAACGCCAAUGUGGAAGUUGAUGAGUGAUCCGUACAUAGCAAUUAUCGCUGGAGCGCUUUGGUUUUACGGAGCUGUUGGCCUGGCUUUCAUCGCCAUAUCUACUGCUUUUCUGCCGGAAUGCCGGACAUAUGGCCAAGUUACCGUUCCACUCGGCCUCAUGUGCUUCGGAAUCGCUCUCGUAGAUACAGCGCUGCUACCGACCUUGGCUUUCAUUGUGGACACCCGCCACGCUUCUGUUUACGGAUCUGUCUAUGCCAUCGCCGACAUUUCAUACUCCUUCGCUUAUGCUCUCGGCCCGAUUGUUGCUGGAAACAUUGUUGAAAAAUUCGGCUUUAUCACACUCAACCUUGGCAUGGGCGCUGUAUCGAUUCUUUAUGUACCCAUGCUGAUUUUGCUCAGGGGCGUUUACGAUCGCCAGGUGGACAAAAGUGAGCGAAUCGGGCUGAUCGACCAAGAUGAGUUAGAAUUGAACCUGGAAAGUGGUGGACCUAGCGGCGGUUAUGGAACCGCAAAUAGCGGGGGAGCGAUGGAUUUACCGAUUUCUUCGUUGGAAGAUUCCCAACCGAGACAUUCGUUGAUACAAACAAGCAGUGAAGAAAGUUUCGAUGGAGAGUAUUAA